UAAUUAAAUGAUGAUUCAUUAUUGUCGACUGCCAAUGUUGGACAUAUCGCAUAUUGGCGAUAUGCGUUAAUGAUUCUAUAAAUUAAGGUAAAGUGAGUCACUAGAGCGAUUGACUAACCUUUCGCGCUAUAGGUUGCUAAUUUAAGUCGUACAAACACGCGUUCUUUCUCCCUCUGUCUCAUUAUUUUACUCUCUUUCUUUCUCUCUCGCCUCUGGUUCUCUAGUCUUCGUUAAUUACAGUGCAGCCAAACUAAUUGCAUCGAAACGGCUCGCAUAGGGGAGAAGUUUCUCGUCGUCCGUGAACGUAUUCGCACAGCGGAAGAAGAGUGUGAGUGUCUUGUCUAGACGGGGGAAAACGCGAUUAAAAUCAAAUUUUUUAAAGAUGGCUCUCAAAUUCUCCAUAGGCCACUUUUACGAAACCUAUUCGGAGAACGAGGCGCUCCAGAAGGGUGACAUAAUCAAGAAAAUUGACGAUUACGACGCGCGUGAUGUGAGGCAUGUAGACGCACAGAAUCUUCUCCAAAACUCCGAAACCAUAAAGCUAGUUAUCGAAAGGUCUGAGCCAUCGAGAGUAUCAUCACGUACAAGCACCGACACUACCAUCACCACGUCAUCAUCACCACCCACUUUCAGGCCGAUCGUUGGCAACGGGGCUGCGGCCACUAGUCUAUACAAACAGCCGAAGGAGUAUCCGCAAGAAUUACCAAAGAGCCCAAUUCGGCCGCCUUCGGUCGAGGAGUACAGGUCAACGCCAACUCCGGAAUAUACCCUUCGCAGUACGAUCAUUAUGCCGCACGAACACCUCGACGAGAUUCGCGAGGAAAGAGUUCAUUUGUCGCAGCCCUACCGUACGACUCCUCUGGUCUUGCCAGGUGCCAAGGUCAAGAAGGAUGCCCCUAUCGGCGAAUGUUACCUGCGACAUCAUCCGAAUCCGAUGAUCAGGGCAGCACCCCAUCAUUACGAACCAGCUCAUCCUGAAGUUGCUAUGAAACAAAAGGUGGCAGAAACAGUACUUCAGCGUGUCGUGGGACCGAAUGAAGUUCCAAAGAUUGUCCACAAGCAAUUCAACUCGCCGAUCGGACUUUAUUCGGAUCAAAACAUCGCAGACACUAUCAAGUGCCAAGCAUCCGCUGUACCCCUGAAGAAACCGGUCAAGUACGAUCCCAGCAAGAGCGAGGCGUACAAGGCUCUGCAAGAGGAGGAAUACGGGGAUCAGGUACAGGAAGUCAGACAGCCGGCUCGCACCGGUGUCUUCACGCCGCAGAAAUCGAGCAGGAUGUACCAGGCUCCGCCGAAGAGUCCCGCAUAUAUAAACGUGCUCGAUGAUGACGGCGAGAAGAUCCAUCAGAGCAACAGCUUCAAGAGGAUUAUGUACAGUGUGCUGGGGCAGACCGAAUUUUAAGCCGAACUGACGCUAUAAAUAUAUUACAUCGUUUAUUUAUAUUAUAAAUAAAUCUAUAUAUUUUAUUUAUUGUACUACGCAAAAUAAAACGAGUGUCAAGCGUGUCCAGUUUAGGCAAUUAAAUUACAUUAUUGCACCAGCGAAGAUCUAGAAGCGCGAACUUGACAGAAUUCUAGAUGUGUUCUUUUUCCAUCCCAAGUUCUGAACUGCUGUACACUGAUGCAAUAAAUUAAAUUGAGACAGGUACAGUUUGUUUCACUCUAACUUAUUGCACUAGUUCAGAAUUCUUCGGAAAAGAACAGACCUUCUAUUCAUUGCUUACCCGAUGAAAUGCAGUGCCGUGUAUCUCUUAAGCGUAAUAAUAGUUAUUUUAAUACGCGCCGUUAGUAGUACGUGGCUUGCAAUAUUGCAUUCUACUUGAGAUUAAUACUUUUCGCUGGCCUGCAUCAAAAUAGCUUACUCCUUUCUUUCCACAUAUUUCGAUGUAUCUAUUUUUUGACACUCUAUUUACACACUAUAUUAUACUUUUAACAUCACGCACAAUGAAAAAUUAAUUUUCACAAAAUA